GAUGUCUGCAGGCGCCUCAGUAGUGUUCUUCAUAGAUCUUCAUCCCUUGACAAAUAUAGAUCAUUGUUGCUUUCAUCAGCAUCAUGCAACUUUUCAGAACUUGAGAAGAACUCUUGAGUAUUUAUCAAGUGAAGAUGAUCUUGAUGAUCAUGAUGGUGCUGAGUUACUCCAAUCUGACUCACCAGAGUUCAAAGGAGUUAUGUGUCAGCACUUUCAGGUAGAGGAGUUAGAGGAUGCUACAAAUGGAUUUGCUGAAAGAAAUGUGAUUGAAAGUGGGGACAAUGGAACAGUUUAUAGAGGUCUGUUAGCUAAUAAUAUGAAGGUGGUUGUGAAGAAGCUACCUUGUCACAGUUGCCAACCUGAGGAUUCUUUUGCUUCACAAGUGGAGUUAACUGCAAAUGGCAAGCACAAGAGGCUUGUGAAAUUGAUAGGAUAUUCUACUAAUAGAACUUGCAGGCUGUUAGUAUCUGAAUAUAUAGAUAAUGGAAAUCUGCAUAAAUGGCUUCAUGAAUUUCAAGGAUCACUGAGCCCUCUAACAUGGUCUAUCAGAUUGCACAUUCUACAAGCUGUUGCACAUGGGUGCGAAUCCGACCCCGAAAUCAUGUUAUGUAACAACUUUGUUAAAGAAAUUUAUGUUUACAAUAAUGUGUAUGAUAUGAAGAAUUUACUUCUGCAGAAUUGCAUACCUUCAUGA